CCCAUUUCUGGCAAAUAGGAGAAGAGGGACCAAAGCCGACUGCCUCUACACACAGGACUUUCCCUUCGGCGUAUGCGUUAAAAAUUGUGAUUUUUUUCUAUUAAAGAACGUCUUUCAAGGGAAAAUAUGUCUACAAGACCGGGAUUCUACCGGCAAGAGCUGAACAAGACAGUCUGGGAGGUGCCCGAACGAUACCAGAACCUCACACCGGUUGGAUCGGGAGCUUACGGCUCAGUAUGCUCGGCGUAUGAAGUGCGCCUCCGCCAGAAAGUGGCUGUUAAGAAGCUCUCUCGACCGUUCCAGUCCCUCAUCCACAGCAGAAGGACGUACAGAGAACUGAGACUUCUCAAACACAUGAAGCACGAGAACGUGAUUGGACUCCUAGACGUUUUCACCCCAGCAGCUUCUCUUGAAGACUUUCAUGAGGUCUACCUUGUCACCAAUCUGAUGGGAGCGGAUCUCAACAACAUAGUCAAGUUUCAAAGACUUUCAGACGAACAUGUACAAUUCCUCAUCUAUCAGCUUCUCCGGGGCCUUAAGUACAUUCAUUCAGCUGGACUGAUCCACAGAGAUUUAAAGCCGAGCAAUGUAGCAGUGAACGAAGAUUGUGAACUCAGGAUCCUGGAUUUUGGUUUAGCCAGGCAGACGGAUGAUGAGAUGACCGGUUAUGUGGCCACUCGCUGGUACAGAGCACCUGAAAUAAUGCUUAACUGGAUGCACUACAACCAGACAGUGGACAUCUGGUCGGUCGGAUGCAUCAUGGGUGAACUUCUGAAGGGCAAAGUUUUGUUUCCGGGCAACGACUAUAUAGAUCAGCUGAAGAGAAUUAUGGAGGUGGUAGGCACUCCCACCGCUGAAGUCCUGAAGAAAAUAUCCUCUGAACAUGCUCAGAAGUACAUCCAGUCCCUUCCGUACAUGCCCCAGCAGGACCUUGAACAUAUAUUCAGGGGGGCAAAUCCAUUAGCGGUUGACUUAUUGAAGAAAAUGUUAGUAUUGGAUUGUGAUGGGAGAAUCUCUGCCAGUGAAGCUCUGUGCCAUUCGUACUUUUCUCAAUACCAUGAUCCCGACGAUGAACCGGAAGCCCCUCCGUAUGACCAGACCCCUGAGAGCAAGGACCGAACGCUGGAGGAAUGGAAGGAGCUGGUGUAUGAGGAAGUAAACAAUUUCAAAGCCCUGGCCAAUAAACCAGAAACACUUCAAGUUGAACAGUAAUAUGCAAGCGUGAAUACAAUCCAGGAAGACCGUCACCGGCCCUUUACUAUCUGUCAAUCACUCUGACACAGGACUUGGACUGGUGGACACAUACGAACAGACUGCUGCCAUCCAAAGACAAUGCAAAAGUAUUUCCAAGGCAUGAUGCCCUUCCUGUAGGCCGGGGUGUCCAGUGUCGGUCCUGGAGGGCCACUGUCCUGCAGAGUUUAGCUCCAACUUGGCUCAACACACAAGUUUAUAGUCUGCUUUGUGAGACCUUGAUUAGAGUUGAAGCUAAACUUUGCAGGACACCGGCCCUCCAGAACUGACUUUGGACACCCCUGCUGUAGGCUAUAUGCGUGUGUGGGUUUGUACACACAUUUAAUUAUGAGCAAAUGACGAGUGGUAUUGUUGUAACAAUGACACAAUGUAUUAAUAUUUUUAAGGUGCA